AUGGAGUACUGCUCGACCUGCUCGCGUUGUCCAUUGCCAUGGAAACCAAAUUUUUCAUUAACCGAUAUCCAUUGAGGACAUCCUGUGGAAUGAUGGGACUAACUUUUUAACAUUUUUAAAGGAUGAGUGCAUUUAUUGGGACAGGUCGCUCAAAACACUGAGCGAGCUGGUAGUUUACCUGGAUUCCUCACUUGUCUACCUGUAAAUCGGCAUUAGUCUGCUUUUCUUUGAUCACACAGACUAGAUCUUAGCCUUCUGCUUCUCUAGCACAAUGUUGACCUCUAAACCGGGCAAGGUUCUCAGCCCCCGCCACACAGAGAUUCAGCAAACCUCCAGCCUGUCCCCCCGGGAAGCACCGCCCGUGCCAGGCCAUCCCAAGGCCAAGAAGACCAGGAGUCUCAGCAGGUCCUAUAGCGUCAAGGACCUCACAGAGGACGAUACCGACAUGUCCUCGGAGCUCUCUAUUGACGACAGGCUUCCUGGUGUCCUCAAGAUCUUUGGUGAGUCAGUUCUUCCUGGGGCCGAAUAUAAGAGCGUCCUCGCCUCCACCCGCUCCACAUCCCAGGAGCUCGUGAAGCAGGCCCUUGAACGCUAUGGACAACCCCCCGGGCACUAUGUGGAGUAUGUGCUGUGUGACGUCAUAGGGCUAGUGGAGACAGCUACCCCCUCGUAUUCUCAGAGACCCAGCAACAAGUGGCGAACAGUGUGUAGGCGGGUUCUUGACGACUCGGACAAACCUCUGGAGCUCCAGUCCUACUGGAAGCCUAGCAAUGGCUUCUCUAGACGCUAUGAACUUCACAAGAGGGCGGAGGUUGUGAGAGAACAAUCAGCGGAUGAUACGCUAGGGCUGAAUGACAAUGCCAGGAAGAUAAUGAUGGCCAAGGUGGCCCCUGGGGCUAUUCCCUUGUCUGCGUCCUGGAACAUGGAGACCUCCCAGUUCAGGAUUCAUAGUCAUGACGUCAAAUCUAUACAAAGGGAGACAAUGUCUGACGACAGCGGCGCAACAAGCUCGGAUGUACGCCCUACGCAGAACCCAUACCUGCUGACUCUGCGAGGCUAUGACACACUCCGUGACCAGGUGCAGUAUCAACUCAAGUCCAAAUGUACCAAGAUAGGCAGGUUUCGUGGUCAUCCCUAUUCUUCCGAGAUUGGACUGGGAGGACCUGAUAUACUCCCGUUACAUUGUGUUUUGACUCUGAAGAAUACUAAAGAUAUGGGUUCUGUACAUACGGACAAUAGGUACUGCUUCUUUAUAGAAAUGGAGGUGUUUGAAGGAGCCCUGGUUGCUGUGAAUGGACACCCAAUAAGUGACAUGGCGCACAUUUAUGCUGGAGACGUCAUCACUAUAGGCAGGUAUUAUAUGUUCCUAUACAAAGACCCAUCGGGGGGACAUGACAUACCAGAAAGUCUGUCAUGGUUCAACUCAUCAGCGACUCACCAUGACACGACCAAGCUAAUGUCCUCCAGAGAUCGAGGCCCCCUUAAUGAUUUCCUCAACUCCAGUCUCGGUGCGUCAGGGGAUUUCUCAGCUUCGUUUGACGCAGGUGAAGGGGGCGCAUCCGCCAACGAGGGUCACCAGAUAACGUUUGCCUACUGCAAGGAGAAGGAGGAAGACCUAGUGAAGGCCAUUCUUGACGUCCACAGCUGCAGCAGGCGGGAUCACCCUCUCACGCCAGCUGUCAUGUUUGUAGCCUGUCUCGACCACGCCCACCGGAAGUUCACAAGACAUCACCUGAAAAACCUUCAGAGGAGAGUGUUGUUCUGUGUCAGGGAAAAAGUAGCCGAUUUGGCUAAAACAUUAUCGUCACAGCGUUAUGACAGCUCCGUAUUUGACUAUGGCUCACCAACGACUGACUAUGACCCACUGAAGCUCCUUAUCUUCUGGAUGUCGAACACGGUGCAGCUGUAUGUGCAUGUGCUCCACGAGCUUCACGCGCACAGCGUCAACCCAGACCCCGAAGACGAGGUGAACGCAGGACUCCAGGAACUAGCCACUGGGUUGGAGGACGUCGUCAGCUUUAGCUUCCAGCAAACGGUGUACUGUGUUACAAAGAUUCUGUACCACGUGGUUGGGAAGGUGAUGGACAGCAACCCCUUCUCCGGCAGCGAGACGUGGGAGAAGGACGGCAUCGGACACGUCCUCAGUGUGCUGCAGACAACCCGAAACAUAGCAUCGGAAGUCAGACUACACAAUGACGUCAUGAGACAGCUGAUGACGUAUCUCUUGUUCUUCCUUAGCACAUCUUUGUUCAAUAGGCUUAUCACUACAGAGUCUGAUGCACAGUACUACAACUGGACGUUCGGGGUGCGCCUCCAGGCCAACCUGUCUCGGCUUGAGGAGUGGUCAGCCAGCAAACAGCUGGACAGACAGUUUCACCAAGUGUCGCAGCCCCUCACAGCCGCCGCCGACGUUCUAGCCAUGUCCAAGAAUAUUCUUGUGAGGAUGGACUGGCCAGCGUUCCGGACCCAGUUCAGUUCCCUGAACGAGUCUCAGCUGCUGAAGCUGCUACGGGGCUACCAGCUGGGGAUGAAGAAGGCUGCACCCUCUCACUGGUUUCCCCCGGAAGGGGGCGUCAGCAACCCCAGGGAUGAAGAUUUGCCAAUAAAGCUGUCCUCACAUCCAGCGUUCGCUCUUCCCAAAGAAGGAUGUCCCUUGGAUCUCACACAGACGUUUCCGGAGGGGUUCCUGGAAUACCUGGAACACUUCCAAACUGUAUACGGAGCAGAAGACGAUGACAGCGACAGUGGCCUAAGUGUGAGCAAUACCCCGAGAGUACCAGAAGCCAGACCACGAGACUCCAAGACUUUCUUUAAUAUUGACUCUCCUAGAGGGAGCCACCAACAUGAGCCCCAACAAGCGGACAGAGUGCCCCCUGUACGCCCUACACGGUCGUCAAGCAACGUCAGAUCUUCAACAACCAACAGAAACCAAGGUCAACAGUGGAGGACUAGGUCACAAGAACGACCACCUUUACCGUCAAACAGGUCAAGGUCAAACGGAGAUUACAGAGUUCAAGGGAACAAUAACGCGACAGAUUUUCCAAUUUCCAAACGGAAGACAAUAACCCGUGUCCCUCCUUUAGAUUUAUUUAGAGACGGUGACGUUAGUAGUAACACUUCAACAGCACCUUAUAACAAAACAAAGUCGCGAUCUACUGAUAGUUUACUUCAGGGCAUAUCGACAGAUAGCUGUGAUACUGUUCGUCAGAAGUCCAUAUGUAAAUCCCCACGAUCUGCUGGCCCCAGUGUUAGGGUGGGGCGCACUGGUGUCAACUAUGAUGACGUGUCAAAGUUCCCUGAGGAUGUGUACGUAGAAGUACAACGAUUUGACUCCCGCAACAACAACGUCGCCCAAACCUUGAAAGUCUUGUCCCUAGAAGAUCCAACCAAUGUCGGUGCCAAGCAACACACCCCUGGAGCGUAUAACAGCCUCUCCCCCAGGAACCGCCGGUCACUCCCCUACGACGAGGUGUUUCUCCAGGACAUCCCUGGGGAUGUGGUGACGGUGGAGCUGGACAAGGGUGACUCUCAGCUGGGACUGGGGCUGAUAGAUGGGCUGUACACGCCGCUGAAGUGCCCGGGAAUCUACGUGAAGAACCUGCUGCAGGGCAGCCCCGCCCACCACUGUGGUCAGCUGAGCAUCGGGGACAGGAUUCUGGCCAUCAACGACCAUAACAUCGCCUGCCAGGACUACCAGAGUGUGAUGACGUUAUUCCGGACGUCUGGCCCACGACUGCAGGUGGUGGUGGUCAAGUCAGAGCAGGCAGUGGUCGACAUGAUCUCUGCUGCCAAGUGCUGAUGACCAUGGGUCGUGAAGAGGGGACGCUCAGGGGCAAUACCGGCUUAAUCUGGGACCACUUGGGAUGUACCACGUGCUAUGCUUUCAGAUAUCAACGACUUCAGAAUUUGUGUAAAUAUACAAAUGGAUCUGCAUCUGUGUGAAACCAGAGUGAGUUCAACUGCAUAAAACAGUAUUUAUUAUAGUUAUGUUGUGUAUCAGCUUGAAGCUUUCACUCAAAGUGACAGAGGUCGUUCACAUCAACUACUUGGGUGAAUCCCUGUACUGGUAUUGUGUGGCUUCAACCCACAAUCAGCGGAUCCUGGACAGGCUAAGGGAUACAGCUCUGCACAGUGUAUUGAGGCAUGGAAUACCAGAUGUUACACAUCACUUCGUCCUGACUUACCACAUUUGCUCAGGGAACAGAUACUGUGAUACAUAAUCCAUACACGUACAUAAUAAUGUCUGCUAUUAAUGUGAUAGUAUGUUGCCAUAAGUAUUUGGGAAUCACCUUGUUUAUUUUGUUAUUAAUUUAAGUCACAAACUUAAGUCUCAAAAUCUGUCUUCAGUCUCAAAAUCUGAUGGACAUGCAAUAUGAUCUCACAGUUUGGGGACAUUUAUUCUUGUAUAGUUCCAGAAUUCUGGACACUUUUGGAGAACUUUUCAACAUACCACAAAUGUGUCCAGCCAUCCAUUGACUACAUCAGCCUUGUUACUAGGUUGGAAUGUAAUAUGAAUAUAUUUAUUUAUAUAUAAUUGUUUAUUCCAGUGUUAUGUUUCGAAAUGAAAUACCUUUUCUUCAAAUAUGAUGUUACCCAAAGAAAGCCAUUUCAGUUUUGUUUUGUUUUAUCGUAUGGAUCAACAUAUCGAGGAGAUACUGUUGUUGCUACAUUGAUCCAUUUGCUUCCUUAAUUGUAAGAAAUCAAAUGUAUUAGUUAUAGUCAACACUGAAAAGAGAGAAAGUAAUAGGGAGUGAGUGAAUAAAUGUUGUUUUACACGACAGGCAA